AUGGACAACUACUUAUGGAAUAGAGACAGAAGCAUCACAUGGCUGAAAGAUGAAUUAAAAUUGAUACCUCAAAGCCAGAGUUGUGAUAUUUGCAACUCUGAAAUGACUUUGAAURCAUGUUCUGAUAGAAGUGAUGGUUUGCGCUGGGAGUGCCGUAAAGUCAUAAACUCCAAAAGACAUCGAGUGGAGAAGAGUAUACGCCAGGGAAGUUGGUUUGCAAAAUCGAACUUAACUUUGGAAGAGGCCAUGAAAUACACUUAUUGGUGGACGAGAGGAAUGAAGCAAAGCCAGAUUAAAGAACAGCUUGGAUUAGGCCCUAACACAGCGGUAGACUGGGAUAUGUUUUGCCGUGAGAUGUGUGAAGUUACGAUAACGAAACGARGUGAAGCUAUUGGAGGCGAGGGCAAAUUAGUUCAAAUCGAUGAAAGCAAGAUCGGGAAACGAAAAUAUCACCGCGGUCACCUUGUAGAAGSCCAAUGGGUGUUUGGCGGAAUCGAAGACGAUUCAAGGAAAUGUUUUAUCGUUCCAGUAGAGGAUCRUUCUGAAAAAACUCUUUUAGAACUUAUAAAGAAGUUCAUAAAACCAGGCACUGUUAUUGUUUCGGAUUGUUGGAAAGGCUAUGUAAAUCUGUCAAAACAUGGCUACAUUCAUAAGACGGUGAAUCAUUCUAAAGAAUUCGUAAAUGAUGACGGUGACCAUACCAAUAAGAUCGAAGGACACUGGCGGCAAAUGAAAGCGAGUCUUCCAAGCCACGGAAGAAAGAAGGCUCACUAUGGGAGCUAUAUUGCCGAGUUUAUUUGGCGUUACAUUAACAGAGACAGAGAUCUAUUCUGGGUUUUUCUUGAUGACAUGAAAAAUGAUUUUUGCCCUCUAUAGACAAGCAAAACAAUUAUGUUCAAGUGUAAAUAGCACAUUGACUGAACUAUAUUAUAAAAUG